GCGGUGGGAGGGGCUGUUGGAGGAGGACCGACUUCCGUCCAGGCCGUUGUCUGGGUGGCGCGGCCGAGUCAUCGCCGGGCCUCGCCGCUUCCAUCUUCCGUUCCUGGCCCCCGCACCGGUGCGGGGGGUCCAUCAGCCAAGCCAGGCGGCAGGCGACUGAAAUUUACCUUCCAUUUCAUUUCGCCCGGCGCCCCGGCUGCCCGCGCUGGGGCCUGGGGCCUUUGGGGCCCGCGAGGCCCAGUCUGAGGGGCCGGGGCCUACGCUGGCCCGUCGCUGGGCCCCAUGAGGCAUAGCCUGACCAAGCUGCUGGCAGCGUCGGGCAGCGACUCCCCCACCCGCAGCGAGAGCCCGGCGCCGGCUGCGACCUGCUCGCUGCCCCCGGACGUGACUCGGGCGGCGGUGGCGGCAGCGUCGGCAGCGGCGGAGGAGGAGACGGCGGCGGCCGGAUCUCCCGGCCGCCAGCAGCCGCACGGCGACGCUGACGAGCUGGAGGCCGGGCGGGGGAGCCGCGGCGGCCUGGCCGUCCGCGCGCCCUCCCCCGAGGAGAUGGAGGAAGAAGCGAUUGCCAGCGUCCCCGGGGAAGAGACCGAGGACAUGGACUUUCUGUCAGGGCUGGAACUGGCGGAUCUCCUGGACCCUCGGCAGCCGGACUGGCACCUGGAGCCCGGGCUCAGCUCGCCUGGGCCUCUCUCCUCGUCCGGCGGAGGCUCGGAUAGCGGCGGCCUUUGGAGAGGGGACGACGACGACGAGGCCGCGGCCGCUGAGAUGCAGCGCUUCUCCGACCUACUGCAGAGGCUGUUAAACGGUAUCGGAGGCUGCAGCAGCAGCAGUGACAGUGGCGGCGGCGAAAAGAGGCGGAGAAAGUCCCCGGGAGGCGGAGGCGGCGGCGGCAGUGGUGGCGGCGGCGGCAACGACAACACCCAGGCGGCGACAAAGAGUCCCCGGAAGGCGGCGGCGGCCGCUGCCCGUCUAAAUCGGCUGAAGAAGAAGGAGUACGUGAUGGGGCUGGAGAGUCGAGUCCGCGGUCUGGCAGCCGAGAACCAGGAGCUGCGGGCCGAGAAUCGGGAGCUGAGCAAACGCGUGCAGGCACUGCAGGAGGAGAGUCGCUACCUACGGGCCGUCUUGGCCAACGAGACUGGACUGGCUCGCUUGCUGAGCCGGCUGAGCGGCGUGGGACUGCGGCUGACCACCUCGCUCUUCAGAGACUCGCCCGCCGGUGACCACGACUACGCGUUGCCCGUGGGAAAGCAGCAGCAGGACGUGCUGGAAGAGGACGACUCAGCGGGAGGAGUGUGUCUUCAUGUGGACAAGGAUAAGGUGUCGGUGGAGUUCUGCUCGGCGUGCGCUCGGAAGGCGUCGUCGUCUCUUAAAAUGUAGGGUCAAGUAAUCUGCUCUUUAUCCGCGUUUACCCCUUUCAACUCCCUUACUCCAUGUAAAACACCUUAGUGGGACAUCUUCACUGGACACAUUUCAGAGGAGGAAAAAAAGUAAUAUUGAGUCUUUAAGUGUUUAGCUAAAAGCAUGAAUGUGACACUGUAACCAACUCCUAAUGAUAACCUGUGACUAUUAAAUCUCUCUGACAGUUUCUUUUUUAGGUGAUUUCCUUCCUGCCAGGCUCCGUUGUAGGGGUUACAGAACAGUCGUUCCCGCCUCACAACCUGGUAAGGAUCCAUCUCUUCACGUAACGCUCAUGCUCUGCUGCUUAGUCUACUUUAAUGGGCAACAUCUCAAUUUGUGUGUGUGUGAUCUUUUUGUUUUUUCUUUUUUGGAAGGUGGGAGGGGAAUCUAAUUUGGGCCCUGUCCACCCUGGAAACAGACUUGUGCUGGUCAAUAAUGUAUUUAAGAUGCUUCUUCUGGUUGAAAUAGCUGUUAAUGUGUCCCCUUGUUCAGACUUGCGUGUACCUAGCUCUUCUGUCCCCAGUGUGGACAUGGCCUUGGAUGACAUCGGUUCCAACUGUACACUGAAACCUGCUUAUAGAGAUACAGUUUGGAGACAGUGAAACAGGUGAAGUUGAAUGGAAGUUCCGAGUUGUACAAGGUGCAAAUUGGAAUUCCAAUUUUAAUGCAACUUUUCAGAGGUUGACAAAUAAGUAUUUGGGGCAUGCACAUAUGUAAUAGUUAUUUUGCUGGAGAUGACAGAAAUCUUUUAAAUAUUCAAGAAUGCCUUUUAGGUUUUCAGUAGAAGAUACAGAAAUUCAGCCUACUGAAAGUAACAUUUUAAUAUCUCUCCAUUAGAGAAGUUGGAAAUUAACAUGCAUAUAAGAUUCCUUCCUGUGUUUUAGUUAACUGGGGAAAGACUAAGAAUGGUUAAUGAAAUGUUUCCUUGAGGACCAGCACAGUGAUUUACCCUAUCACUGAUCAUGAAUAAAUUGUUGAAAACACUUACUUUAUGUUGUAUUACAAUUUUAGGUUAAAUUUAUGUAUGUAUGAUUAGAUAUUGAAGGUUGUGAAAUGUGAAUGAAAACAUGUAAAGUGAGGCUUCACAAAGAAUCUUUAUAUUUCAAGAGUAUUUGUCCUAUUUAAAAGUAAUUUUUGAAACUGAGUGGUUCUGGCCACUUAAAUGUCAUGGUUGAUGCUACUUUUCCAAAGAUGGGACGUGUUCUUCCCCUGAAGUACUUCAUUAUGUAUUGUCCAGUUGUAUAAAUUCAGUUAUGGUGUCUUUCGGUGUAAGAAGUAUUAAAUUCUUUGUGAAACGUCACUGUUUGAUAAAGUAUAUACGUAUUUAGCAUCCUUGUUUUUCUUUGUGCUAAAGUGGAUACAGCUGUUGGGGCAGAAGAGACGGGACCAGCUGCUGGCCACAUUUCCUGCUUUAUUUUAAAAGGUAGUAUAAGAAAUGAGGAAAAAGAGGUAAUAUCAGGGCUUCUGCUGUCUUUUGUUUUUAAAAUGUUCAUAAUUAAAAAGUAUUUUCCAGCAGUCCAAAGAUGUAAGUUAUAUUAUGAAAUGUUUUUAUUUUGUUGUUAUUUGGUUAUGAAAAUGGAAUCCUUGUUCUUGCACAAUGUAAAUGAUUUGUUGCUAGAUUUGAGACCUAAAUUGGUCUCUGGUUUCCAGUGCAUCACAGCAUAUUCUGUAAAAUCAUCUACUGCACUUGAGCAUGAAUGGGUAGUAGCUAAACUCACAACCUGGAGUGAUGAACCUGCUUAUACCUAAGGGCAGGAGCAAGCCCCUCACAAUGCAGCUGCAUGGAUUUUUAGUGCCUACUGAAUAAUAUAUAUACAUAUAUAUAUAAACCAAAAGUAGUUGGAAAAUUAUUUGAAAUGACUAAUUUGUGCUAUCUUUAUGAAAUAUGUUAAAUGUAGCUUUUUGAAACAGAAGCCUUGAAUUGAAAUUUAACUAAUACUUGAACAUUUUGUAUAUAUUUCUUUGUAUAUAAUUUUGUGCAGUACCAACGACAAAAAUAUGGUGUCAUAAUAAAACCAGGUUUGUUGAUCUUUCAGUUAUGGGCUCAAAGAAUUUAUUCAUCUCUAACAUGACAUUGGAAAAUAAUGGAUGAAAAUAGGAAAAAUGAUUGUUGUUAAUGCUGACUGUGGGUCUUAAUCAAAAGGUUCUGGAAGCAGUAAGUUCGUUUUUCUAAAAAUUAUAUCAUUCCCUUGGAAUAUUUUCUUCCUAAUGUCAGUGCUUUUCCUGCAUUAUUUGAAGUUUGGGGCUGGGAAGAAACAGUAGUCAAAACUUUCUGAAUUGAGAUGUUUUGAAAUUCUAAGUGUAGAUUUUUAGAUUGUCAUUUUAUAAAUGGCAGUUUUGGAAUUACUUGAUUAAGAACUUUUGAAAAUGGAAAGAUUAGUAUGACCUAUUUUUAAAGCUGCUUUGUUAGGUUCCUUAUGUUUUUUAACUGUCUUUUCUUAGUUUCCAUUUCAUUAUUUUUUUUUCUAGUUUUGGUGACUUAGUGAUUUUGUCAUUUUUUACAUCAACUCAUGGUCUUGUUUUUACACGGUAAUUGCAUGUAUUUAGGACCUAUUUAACAGGGGCUUUAAAUAAAUUUAUGUGUAAGCACA